CCUGCCUAGAGUGCUUUGAACAUCGGCAACAAGUGUUUUUACCUGCGUGCUGAAGCCCUCAUGGCUGUCGCAUACGGUGCCCUCGCCCAGCCGGGCCUGCUUUCCCUGCAUUACCCCCCACCCCUGCUGCCAAAGCCUGGAAAGGACAAUGUUCGGCUUCGGAAGGUCCUCAAGAGAAGCGCCAAGAAAAAGGUCUCCGCUCAGGUAUCGCAGCCCGCCGUGCUUUUCCGCUCCAACCUUUCCCCCGUGAACGAAGCGAGCCCCGACCUCGAACACAGCGACCACUCCACCCCGCCCAAGACUCCAGAGACGCCGUUCAGCCUCUACAGUGAUCAGCAGCCUCCACGGUUCACCGUCAGGCCGCUGUAUCAACACGUGGCGUCCCCUUACCCGCAGCGUGCUGCUUACGGCAGAGGAGCGAGGUUCUCACCUCAGACGGUGGGAAUCCCGUCGUACUCGUACUCGCAGCAUGUUACUACGCUUUCCUCAUAUUCUGCAUCGACCCACCUUCCUGGAGACACAGUUCCAGGGCCAGUUGCAGAGUUGGUGGUUCCCAAAAUAUCUCUGUCAGCCUCUUUUGUAUCUGAGGCAACAGUACCAGCUGCUGAAGUGAAAAAGCCAGCUUUUAGCACGAUAGCUGAAACACAUGCCGGUGUGAGACCUGCUACAGCUGGAGAAACCCUAAAGACAAAAAGUCCAGGUCUGACUCCUUAUUCAGCAACAGCUGUGAUUCGUCCUCUCACUGUGUUGACCCUGCACGGCAGAUCCAAAAGUCCACGUCCAACGUUCAGAGCAACCGAACAUUCUAGAUCGCCCAAACCGAUGUUUGAUGUCCCUCAAAUUAGAAUGUACACAGCUAGCACAUCGUUUUACGAGUUAUCCAGGACCCCACCGGUGUAUGACACAGCUGGAUUAACCGCUAUUGGCAGCACAUUGCCUCAUAGUAAAACCCCAACAGAAAUAAAACUAGAUUUGACUUCAGCAUCUGAGGUCAGAAGAGGUAAGACACCGACGGCUCAGCUUCCUUCAAUGGGCACGGAUCCCAAGAGGAAAACAGCAACUUCAGAAACUAAAAUAGGCACUACACUAACAGCGGCGAUGAAUGCAGUCAUAACUCCAACAGCUGAAAUCAAAAGAGCAACCUCAACAGCUGAAAUCAAAAGAGCAACCUCAACAGCUGAAAUCAAAAGAGCAACCUCAACAGCUGAAAUCAAAAGAGCUACUCCAUCACCUGAAAUCAGAGUUAAAACACCAACUUUUGAGUUUCAAACAUCAAGAACUUCAGCAGGACGACCUAGAACCCCGGCAUACCACUUGUCUCGCCCUACAACGCCUGUCUUUGAAGUAUCAAGACCCAAUCCUCUCUUAUUUGCAGUGUCGCCAAUCACAGUAGAACCAGAGAGAUCAAGAACGCCCAAAACUGUUCCUGCUAUGGGAAGUUUGUCUGCUUCCCAAAGUGUCAAGACUAUUGAACCUAAGCCUGCUGAAACGAUACUGAAUGGGGACAUUCAUUCAGACAUCACUCCUGCUGUAAAACCAAUCCAACAAAGCAUCACAAAGUCCAAAUCAGAGCCUGAUCUGACAAGAAGAACUGCUCCAGCUGACUCUCAAACACCUAAAACUCCAACACCUGAGCCGAAAGCACUGGUAGUGACUUCAUACAGCAAUCGGAGGCCCAAGACUCCAACAUACGAAGCCUCCCGACUUAUGACCACGUCACCUGGCUUUAAAAGACCAAAGACACCAACAUAUGGGACAUCACCUUCUGGUGUAUCCCCUAUAGCCUUUCAGAGACCUAAAACCCCAACCCAAGUGGCUCAAAAGUCAAAGUCUGGCUACCGUGGAUUGACACCAGCUGAAUAUGCUGCUUAUGGCGGAAUAAGAACUUACUCUCCAGCAUUUGGUAUCUCCGGUUUCAAGAUGCAAACUGAGGAGGAGGCUAAAGCUACAACAGAGGAAUCAGCAGAAUGUAAGACAACCAGCCAAGAACAAUCUGUGAAGAUGUCCGAGGUUUCUAAACCCAAAGAUGUAGAUAAACCCCAUGUGGGAGAUAAAAAAGUUGCCAUCACCCCUUCAAUCCCUACUAUUGUUGUUUCGGAAGCAUCUGACACCUCAGGAACAACGUCAACACAAGAGACAAGUACGGUAACCUGUCGGGUUGCAGCAAAACAAGAAAAAACGGUGAUUCAAGAAACACCAAAGGCUAUACCUCCAACAGUAGAGGGUAAAUCUCUUGAGAAACAGAAAGCCGAAACACAAGUUCAGGAAGUCGCCAAACCAAAGACGAAACCUUCGGAAACCAAACAUCCUCUGCCCAAAAGUAACGAUCAGGGUCCUUUGAAGGCAGUAAGAAAGCUUUUAGGCAAAGAUAAAGUCCAGAAAUCUGGAAAUGAGACAAAAGCUGACGUCUCACAUCAAAAAGAGCCGGCGAAACUUGCGGCCGCCACCAAGACUAAAGCCGAAAGCUCGAAGCAAAGCACUGCAAUGCCCGCUCUUCCUGUUCCGACAUCUGCAGUUGAGCCAACAGGAAGUGAAGGCAAAGAUAAGAAAGCAGAAUCAGCUUCGGCAGUUAAAUCUGCACCUGAGAAAAAGGAAGGCGAUGAAUCCCUCCCGGCCGAACCCCUUCUUAAGGUCAUACAAAAACCAAAGGGCAUGAAAUCUAAAGUGAGCGGUUGGUCCCGACUCAAGAAGCACAUGGUUGUAGAACAAGAGGAGCCAAAAUUUCCAGAGAUAAGCUCUCAGAAGGAGGCCAAUGGGCCGGACCAGAGCGAGGUGCAAAAGGCCGACGAGAAGGCCGUCGACAAGCCCGGCAAUCAGGACGAGAACGAAACCAAAGACGCUCCCGUAGCAGCAAAGAUGUGGAACGCCGUCCUCUUCCAAAUGUUUUCCACCAAAGAGAACAUCAUGCACCAGAUCGAGCUGAACAAAAGCGAGGCGGAGGAGAAGGAGGAAGGGCAAAAGGACGAGUCAAAAGAGAUACCUUCGUUUGCGCACCGGCUGCCUCUGCUGCUUUUUAGUCCAAAGUUUGACGCUAAAAGGCUCAAAGAAGCGGCGUCGAGGCCGGUGAUGAAAAUUGCAACUGUUUUUGAAAUGGCUCUGAUUGGGCGCAAAGGUAAAGACGAGGAACCAAAAGACUUUAAUAGAAAAGCGAGGGGGUUUGCCGCUACUUAAGGUAAUAUAAUAUUCUUAAAUAUAUAUAAUAUAUAACUGCCAAGAUGAAAAUGUAAAGGAAAAAAAGAUACAUGUUCAAUGUACAGUUGCAGAAAUCUUAGUCUCUGUGUUAAACGAAUAACGUUUGUUUGUAGAAAAAGUCGGCUUGAACUUUAUACUUGACAAAUGCUUCGUGUUGCAUUUGUGUGAGUGGUUGUCUGGAUGUUACGUGUUUGUGGAUUAGCUGGAAAGAUUGAAAGAGAGAGACAGCUACAUUUGUCUUAAAGUCAUUCAGACGUCACAUUUAAGAUUAAAACGUUUAUGUUUUCAGUAAAAUCAGAGCUUCUCGUUUCUUUCAUGUUCACAAUAAAACAGAUUAAAGUUAUAGAUUUGUAAUAAUUGAUAUUUCUUUAAAAUGUCUAUUUUUAUUGGUGGAAAACAAGUAUUUUUUGUGGUAGAGGAACAUUUGUUUCUCUUUAAUGAUCAUUGAAAUUCAAAAACUCUAAAUGGUGCUACUCACCUCAGGGUGAAAACCUCGUGCGUAGAGAAACGUGAUUCUUGAGAUAUUCUUUUUAGGCUGUAGAUGGUUAUAGUUUUGUGAUUGAACUUUCUUAACGUCGCAAUGAAAACAACAAUUUGGCAGCGUCAUAAUUUGCCCUUCUUCCUGUUCCAACAACGUACCUUUAACAUAAUAACGCAGAUCAAUUAAAGAAGUACAAGAAAUGCACCAAUUAGAGUCAGUGAGAUGCAAAAAGAGAGAAUGGCAAUUUUGUUGGCAAUCUCUGCACGAAAAUAUGUAUGAAUGUAUUAGUGUCCUCUCACACCAAUCACGUUAAUCUAUCAUCUAAAAAUAUAAAACGGAAGACUGUAAAUAAAGUGCAAGUUUCUACAAGUUUCCCUAAAACUCCAAUUUAGAAAUAGAAUGAAAAAUGAGCCGCUAACAAAAUGUUUGAUUUCACUGUGACUUGAGGAGCCGACUGACUUAAAGUUAACGUACGUUAGAAGAAGAACAAUGAAGAGCAGAAUGAUGGUGAACUGUGGGGUCAAAGGUCAAGAUAUUCAUAGUUAGAUGACUGUGAAGCAGUGCGGGAAAAACAGUGUAUUCUUCUAGUUUUAUUUUUGUUCUUUUUCUCUAAUGUUUGUAAUGUGUGCGAUGGGUAAGAUGCCUCCACAGUUUUCUAGCUCACAAUGUUGGACUAAAAAAAAAAAAAAACUAAAAAAAAUCUCAAGGUCCAGUAGAACAUUAUAAAAACUAGUCUCAAAACUAUUACAUUUUUUUAAUAAAACUUUACAUUCACAUGUCAAAAAAAAAAAAAAAAAAAAAAAAAAGAAAGUUAUUCUUAAAAAUAAUAAAUAAAACUGAUGAGCCUUACAGUCCAUCUGCACGAUGAAAUAAUGCUGAAGGUGUAUUUUACUAGCUGUGAUUAAUGUUUGAGUCAUCUUUUAUCUGUGUUGUUUUCUUGUGAAACACUAACAAACAAACGUGCUGCGGAAUAAAGUUUGAUUCAACAUUUCUCUCUGUUUCAGUUUGUGCUUCAGUUCAAACAUCAGAAUCAGAUGAAGAUCAGAUUCAGCUGUUGAAUGAGUUGAGGCUCAGAGACAGGUCAGAAGUGAUCAGCUGAGGCUGAUUAAAGUUGCACUCUGGCCUCUCACAGUUUACUUAAAUGGAUCUGUG